AUCACAUUUUGAUUCGUUCCAGACGCUUGUUGCUUAUUAGAAUGCUAUAAUUGAUUCGCUUGCGCAGAGUGAGAUGCAGGGUGGAAGGCCGUUCGCAUACAAUACAAGUAUUAAUAAUUUGAGUGGUGACGCAGGUGCUUCGAACGUAGAAGGAUUGCGCAAGUUAGCCCUUUCAUAUAAAAGCACCAUGAAGGGUAAACAAAGUCUGGAGAAAUACCACAACGCAACGAAACCAGCACAGAAAUCGGUGGAUCCAAGGUUUAGACGGGCGCGAGUAGCACCAACCUGCGAGAUUAUGACAAGAUCGGACACUAAGGUACCGUCACCAUUUCAUCCUAUGAGGCAUGUACCCAAAUCGGCCCCGACGGUUUCCUCCAUGCCCUCGUCACCAAAACAUAGUCCCCGAAAGAAGAACAAAUAUCUUCUUACAAAAAUGCGGUCCCAGAUCACAGCGGAUGCGUUUGGUGAUUUGGCGGCGGACUUGACGAAUAAAUUAAAGCAAGAAUCUUGUGGCACUGAUGAAAAUAUUAAGAAUAGGAAUAAACCUAGGCCGUUUCGACGAAUGCACAGUUUCAUAGAGAGAACCGAUACCAAAGAGCAAAGAAAUGAUGAUGCCUUUGAUGUGAUUUUACCAGUUGCAGUAGAAAAUAAGAAAAUAGUUGAGAAUUGCGAGGACCCAUCUGAGCCCCAACGUGUGAAGGACCCGAUAUAUACAACAGAAUGUGCAUCACAAAUACCUUCUGGUAAUGGCUCUCGAGUCUUGAACACAUAUAUUCCGCCGCCAAUAGAAAUAAAAACUCAAGACACGUUUUCAAAGAGUAUGGUAACGCUACCAUUGUCCACUAUAUCUACUGAAGAAAAAGGUUGUGUGUGCCGUAACUGCAGCCGUAUGUACAACAUCAAAAAUAAGGUCUCCUGGCAUUGUAAGGCAGCUUCAUUUGCUGGGACCGACAGCAUUUUCAAAGCUCUGGAAUAUUCACAACAUCAGGAAAAGCAUCAUGAUGAGAUAUGGAUCGUGUGGUGUUUAUACGUCUUGGGUUGCAUCUGCGGAUUGUUACUGGUAUCGAGUUUGGUGUGGGUAUUGUCCAACGAAAUUCUGUGGAACUGGGUUUAUCCACCAAAGGAACCGCCGCCACAAUCGCCAUCACUUUAUUCCUUCUUCUCGAACUGCGGAGCGACGAUCAUCUUUACGGUCAAUUUAUUUUUAAGCACUGUCUAUAAAAUUAUGGCACUGCCAAGGAGUUCAGUAUUUGGGGCUGCCGGCGAAGAAACUGAUCUACAUUGGUAGUAGAAAUGCAAGUAAUUAAAUAUAUAAAACCCUUAUCGUAAAAAAAAGAUUAAAAGGUGUCAUGGCGUCGAAGCAGUAUUUGAAAUUUUCAAAAUGGCGUCUUACAACAAUUAAAAGAAGUUGUAACUUUACUAAAGACAUUAAUCUCAAAUAAAACAGAUGAAUACUUGAAUUAAUAA